AUAAUUUAAAAUAUAUUCAAAAUGAAUGCUGCAUUAAACAUCGCACGUACUCUAAAUAUAUCCUGCAAACGAUAUAUAAGUUCUGUUAAACUGCCUUCAGAAAUCGUUAUACCAAUGAAUAAAGAUAUAAUAAUUUGUUGGCAUCCAGAACGAAAAUUUCCAUAUGAAUAUUCAUUACCAUUACCAGAAGAAAAAGAAAUUUCAUCAAAUUCUGUUUUGUGUAUUGGUGGAAAGGAAAUUGCUGAGGUUUUUAAGCACAAAAGAGAAGAAGUUGUUAUUGAAGAGCUUUCCAAAAUGACAUUCACUACAAAACAUAGGUGGUAUCCUAAAAAGAAACUCUAUAAAUACAGAAAAGUAGAACCUGACAGACCAUAUUUGUAA